AUGAUGGACGAUGACACUGAACUGAGGACUGAUGGAAACUCCCUUUUAAAGGCUGUGUGGCUGGGAAGGCUCAGGCUGACCAGACUGCUCCUGGAAGGGGGAGCCUAUAUCAAUGAAAGUAACGACAAAGGAGAAACAGCUCUCAUGGUGGCGUGCAUCACUAAACAUGUAGACCAGCAGAGCAUCAGCAAGCCCAAGAUGGUGAAGUACCUGCUGGACAACAGGGCAGACCCCAAUAUCCAGGAUAAGUCUGGCAAGACCGCGCUCAUCCAUGCUUGCAUCAGAAGAGCUGGGGGAGACGUGGUCUCCUUAUUACUGGAGAGUGGAGCAGACCCCAGCCUUGAGGAUCGCACUGGGGCUUCAGCUCUGGUGUAUGCAAUAAAUGCAGAUGACAAGGACGCAUUAAGACAUCUCCUUGAUGCCUGCAAAGCCAAAGGGAAGGAGGUGAUUAUCAUAACAACGGAUAAAUCAUCUUCAGGAACCAAAACCACCAAACAGUAUCUUAACGUCCCUCCUUCACCCAAAGAAGACAGACAGUCGCCUCCACUGUGUGCGUCUCCCUCUGACAUCGAACUGAAGGCACCAGGCCUGGGCUCUCCACCCAGUGAGAAGGAAGAUGACUUCUUCAGCCUGCAAACAGGGCAUUCAAGUGGUUGCAAUGCAUCCAAGACUCUUAAUGAGCCCGGGUCACCCACGAGGAAAGUUGGUAACCUCAAAAGGGCUCGUUUGCCCCAACUGAAGAGGCUCCAGUCUGAACCCUGGGGCCUGAUCGCACCCUCUGUGCUGGCAGCCUCAGUGCGCCAGGAGGAGACCCCUGGCACCAGCACAGACAACGAGGUCAUCAAGAGCAUCAGUGAUGUGUCCUUUCCUAAAAGGGGGCCCCUCUCCAGAACCAACAGUAUCGAUGGCAAAGACCCUACCCUCUUGCCCACAGUCACGGAGCAGGUUCUGAAGAUUUCAGCCUCUUCGGCACCGGCAUCCUGGAAAGCAGCCUAUGAGAAAGGUCAGGCUCCCCACCCGCGUCUGGCCAGAAGAGGAACGCUCCCUGUUGACCAAGAGAAGGGUGGCAUGGGUCCAUCAGGACCCUCUGCUCUCAAGGAGCUAGCGUCCCUCAAAUGGCUGGAAAAUGACUUCUAUGAUUUAGAUUUGCAGACAGGGACUGACCCGCCCAACUCCAUGUCCCUUGAAUCAGGCAAAGGACCCCUAGAUAGAAAGAAGCUCAAUAGCUCCCACUUAUCUCUUUUCCAUGGCUCUCGGGAGUCCCUGGAUGCCGUGCCCAGCACAUCCCCCAGCUCAGCACGCCGUAGGCCACCACAUCUUCUAGAAAGACGGGGUUCUGGAACAUUGCUGCUAGACCGCAUUUCUCACACUAGGCCUGGCUUCCUUCCACCUUUAAACGUGAAUUUGAACCCACCUAUUCCAGAUAUUAGAUCUAGCAGCAAACCUUCUUCCCCACUUGCUAGUGGCUUAAAAUCUAUGGUUCCUGUUGCUCCAAGUUCACCAAAGAGAGUUGACUUGAGAAGUAAAAAGAAGCUCCUCAGAAGGCAUUCUAUGCAAGUGGAACAGAUGAAGCAGCUGUCUGACUUUGAGGAAAUUAUGACCUAGAAGCUUUUACAAUGGCAUUAAAAAAAAAAAUCUAUGUUGUUUGUGGAAGGGACCAUAAUGUAGACCACACAGCCAUGUGGAUUCUCUGUGUUCUGAUCAUUCCUCAAUGUGUGGCCACUUCAGAAGACAGGGU